GGAAGGAGGCCCUGGUCGUCUUCGGCGUGGAUGUCAGCGGAACGGGGAGUGCGGAGGCGGCGGCCCAUGCGGGCCUGGCUCUAGCGAAGCUGUGUUUCUGCCUUGGUAGUUCUGGCCAGGUUCCGGGAGGCGAGGGCCUGGCGGGGUGGCCGCGGCACCCACACGGGAGAAUACCUCGCCUUCUCCCAGCCCCGGAGCACCUGCUUGCCAGAGCUUCUGGCUUUGACUCCCAGCCUUAAAAUAUGCUGGAGUCCUAUGUCACUCCGAUUCUCCUGAGCUAUGUGAAUCGCUACAUCAAGAACUUGAAGCCGUCCGAUCUGCAGCUUUCACUAUGGGGCGGAGAUGUGGUGCUAAGCAAGCUCGAAUUAAAGUUAGAUGUGCUGGAACAGGAACUGAAACUACCAUUCACGUUUUUAAGUGGACAUAUUCAUGAAUUGAGGAUUCAUGUACCAUGGACAAAACUGGGUUCAGAAGCAGUAGUGAUUACCAUCAAUACAAUGGAAUGCAUUUUGAAACUUAAAGAUGGAAUGCAGGAUGAGCAUGAAAGCUGUGGCUCUAAUUCUACCAACCGCAGUGUUACUGAGAGCACAAAAGCAUCGAUAAAACCCCGAAGAAUGCAACAUGCUGCGCCUACAGAUCCUGAUUUGCCACCAGGUUAUGUGCAGAGUCUGAUUAGACGAGUUGUAAAUAAUGUAAACAUUGUUAUAAAUAAUCUCAUACUCAAAUAUGUUGAAGAUGAUAUUGUGCUUUCAGUCAAUAUCACUUCUGCAGAAUGCUAUACAGUAAGUGAAUUAUGGGAUCGUGCCUUCAUGGAUAUUUCUGCAACUGAUCUGGUGUUGAGAAAGAUUAUCAAUUUUUCUGAUUGUACAGUUUGUCUUGAUAAACGAAAUGCUAGUGGUAAAAUAGAAUUUUACCAGGAUCCUUUGUUGUACAAAUGUUCCUUCAGGACCCGUCUGCAUUUUACAUAUGAUAAUCUGAAUUCCAAGAUGCCGUCUGUUAUUAAAAUCCAUACCUUAGUGGAGAGUUUGAAACUUUCCAUUACAGACCAGCAGCUUCCUAUGUUCAUCCGUAUAAUGCAGCUUGGGGUUGCUCUUUACUAUGGAGAAAUAGGCAACGUUAAAGACGGAGAAACAGAAGAUCCUACUUGUCACAAUAAGGAGAAAUUAGGAAGCAUUGUGGAUGCCGACGAUGAGACGAGAAUAGAUCUCCAAUAUCCUGCUCAGUAUAAAGGCCAAGAGUUGUAUUCACAGCAAGAAGAUGAAGAGCCACAGGGAUGGGUAUCAUGGGCCUGGUCAUUUGUGCCUACAAUUGUGAGUUAUGAUGAGAGUGAGGAGAACUCCUUGGGGAACGAUCCUGCAUCUACCAUGCAUCAGCAGAAAGCACAGACUUUGAAGGAUCCUAUUGUUUCUAUAGGAUUUUACUGCACAAAGGCAACUGUGACUUUUAAGCUCACUGAAAUGCAAGCUGAGAGUAGUUAUUACAGCCCCCAGAAAGUAAAAUCUAAGGAAGUCUUGUGUUGGGAGCAAGAAGGAACUACGGUUGAGGCACUGAUGAUGGGAGAACCUUUCUUUGACUGUCAGAUUGGAUUUAUAGGUUGCAGAGCCAUGUGCCUUAAAGGAAUUAUGGGUGUUAAAGAUUUUGAAGAGAAUGUGAAUAGAAGUGAAACUGAUGCCUGUUUUUUCAUUUGUGGUGAAAAUUUGAGCACAAAAGGUAUGACAUACCUUACAAAUUCAUUAUUUGAUUACCGAAGCCCAGAAAACAAUGGUACUCGUGCAGAAUUUAUCUUGGAUGCAGCUCAUCACAAGGAGACAUACACAGAGAUAGCCGGAAUGCAAAGAUUUGGGGCUUUUUACAUGGAUUACCUGUAUACAAUGGAAAACACCAGUGGCAAAGGUUGUACAAAUCAGCAAGAUUUUACUUUAGGGAAAGGUGAAGAUGUGGGAGUGGUCCAAGAAAAGUCCACUAAAAGCCUUGUUAUAGGUCCCCUUGACUUCCGAUUGGAUAGCAGUGCAGUGCAUAGGAUUUUGAAAAUGAUUGUUUGUGCCUUGGAACACGAAUAUGAGCCAUAUAGCCAGCAAAAACCAGGUACUAAGGAUGAAAGUGAAACAAUACUGAGUCUUGAAGAAGUGGCUUCUCUAGAGGAAUAUAUUCCUACUCGACAUACAAGUAUUACUCUCCUGAAAUGUACCUGCACAAUUUUCAUGGCUGAAUUCAACUUGUUGGACCACUUACUACCUGUCAUAAUGGGAGAAAAGACCUCAAGUAACUUCAUGAAUACUGCAAACUUCCAGCCCCUUCGGCCUUUGCCUUCCAUUCAGAUACUUGUGGAUAAAAUUAAUCUGGAACAUUCUGUGCCAAUGUAUGCAGAACAGCUGGUGCAUGUGGUGAGCAGCCUUACUCAGCCAUCUGAUAAUCUGCUUCAUUAUUGCUAUGUGCACUGCUACCUUAAGAUAUUUGGCUUCCAGGCAGGGCUGACGUCGCUGGAUGGUAGUGGGUCGUAUUGCUUACCUGUACCGAUUAUUCCCUCCUUCAGUACCGCUCUUUAUGGCAAACUACUGAAACUUCCCACAUGCUGGUCUAAAAGAUCUCAGAUUGCUGUAACUGAGGGUAUAUUUGAACUUCCAAAUCUCACAAUUCAAGCUACAAGAGCACAGACACUUCUGCUGCAAGCAAUCUAUCAGAGUUGGUCUCAUAUUGGGAAUUUUAGCUCUUCAGGAGUAAAUGAAGCUUUGAUGAAUGAAGUCUUCCAAAAUACAGGUGUGAAAUCUAAGAAUCCCCUGCCAACUCUUGAGGGCUCUAUCCAGAAUGUUGAAUUGAAGUACUGCAGCACAUCAUUGGUCAAAUGUGCCUCUGGGACCGUGGGAUCAAUAAAAAUUUGUGCCAAAGCCCCAGGUGAGGGUGGAAAGGAAAAGUUGAUUCCUUUGCUUCAAGGUCCUUCUGACACAAAAGACCUUCACAGUACCAAGUGGCUUAAUGAGAGUAGAAAGCCAGAGUCCCUCUUGGCUCCAGAUUUGAUAGCCUUCACAAUUCAAGUACCACAGUGUAUGGACUACUGCCACAAUUCUGGUGCUGUACUUCUUUGCAGUGCACAAGGCCUGGCAGUUAAUAUUGACCCAAUCUUGUAUACUUGGCUCAUCUAUGUUCCUCAGAAACGAGCAAGUAGACAUAUGCCACAGCAGCCUGUGGUAGCUGUUCCUCUUGUUAUGCCUGUUAGCAGAAGGAAAGAAGAUGAGGUGUCAGUUGGAAGUGCACCCUUGGCAAAGCAACAAUCUUAUCAGGCUUCUGAGUAUGCUAGCAGCCCUAUCAAAACAAAAACAGUAACAGAAUCCCGACCACUGUCUGUUCCGGUGAAAGCCAUGCUGAAUGUCUCUGGAGGGUCUAGAAGUCCAGAAGAAAGAAUGAAAGAAUUUAUUGGAAUAGUAUGGAAUGCAGUGAAGAGACUCACAUUACAGCUUGAAGUACAGUCUUGGUGUAUAUUCAUUCCUAAUGAUAGUCUGCCUUCCCCAAGUACAAUCGUUUCUGGUGAUAUUCCUGGAACAGUAAGAAGUUGGUACCAUGGACAAACCAGCAUGCCAGGAACACUUGUUUUCUGCCUGCCUCAAAUUAGGAUUAUUAGUGCUGGCCACAAGUACAUGGAGCCUUUGCAAGAGAUACCGUUUGUCAUCCCACGACCCAUUCUUGAAGAAGGUGAUGCUUUUCCUUGGACCAUCAACCUGCACCAUUUUAGCAUAUAUACCCUCCUUGGAAAGCAAGUGACACUUUCUUUAGUGGAACCUAUGGGGUGCACCUCUACCCUUGCUGUCACCUCUCAGAAACUCCUGGCUACGGGACCUGACGCUAGACAUUCAUUUGUUGUCUGUCUGCAUGUUGACCUAGAGUCAUUGGAGAUUAAAUGCUCUAAUCCCCAGGUCCAGCUCUUCUGUGAACUAACUGAUACCAUGAGUAAGGUCUGGAAUAAGAUUCAGAAGAGAGGUAAUCUCACUCCAUCUUCAGCCUACACUGAGACCAUGGUGGGGCCUGUCCCCAGUUCUCCAGUUAGAAGCAGUGUAGGCACAGCUCCUCCGGAUACCAGCACGUGCAGCCCAUCUGCCGACAUUGGGACUACUACUGAGGGAGAUUCUAUACAAGCAGGUGAUGACUCCCCAUUCUCAGAUUCUGUUACCUUGGAACAAACUACCAGUAACAUUGGGGGAUCUAGUGGACGUGUGAGUCUAUGGAUGCAGUGGGUCCUUCCCAAAAUUACUAUCAAGCUCUUUGCUCCAGAUCCAGAAAAUAAAGGCACAGAGGUUUGUGUGGUCAGUGAACUGGAAGAUCUCAGUGCUUCCAUAGAUGUCCAGGAUGUGUAUACUAAAGUGAAAUGUAAAAUCGAGAGUUUCAAUAUUGAUCACUAUAGAAGCAGCCUGGGGGAAGAGUGUUGGUCUUUGGGGCAAUGUGGAGGUGUCUUCCUUUCCUGUACCGACAAGCUGAACAGACGCACCUUGUUGGUUCGACCCGUCAGCAAGCAGGACCCUUUCAGUAAUUGCUCUGGCUUCUUUCCUUCUACAACUACAAAACUUCUAGAUGGCUCUCAUCAGCAGCAUGGCUUUCUCUCUCUGACCUAUACAAAAGCUGUAACAAAAAAUGUCCGCCACAAGUUAACAUCAAGAAAUGAGAGAAGAUGUUUUCAUAAAUUAUCUGAAGGUUUAACAGAUGGCUCCCCUCAUUUUCUUCAUGAAAUUCUUCUUUCUGCACAAGCCUUUGAUGUUGUCCUUUGUUUUCCUUUGCUCAAUGCCAUCGCUAGUAUAUUUCACACAAAACUGCCAAGGACCCAAAAAGAGAAAAGGAAAUCUUCUGGCCUUCCCAUGCGGACCCAUACACUAACUUCUCGCAAUUUACCUUUGAUUUAUAUCAACACAAGCGUAAUAAGAGUUUUUGUUCCAAAAACAGAAGAAAUACAGCCCUCUGUUGAAGUGAAUCAGGAAGCUAAAGAAGACACUAUGGUUUUGAAGAUUGGCUCUGUUGCCAUGGCUCCCCAGGCUGACAAUCCCCUUGGCAGAUCUGUCCUCAGAAAGGAUAUUUACCAGAGAGCCUUGAACUUAGGAAUUCUUCGAGAUCCUGGGUCAGAAAUUGAAGACAGACAAUAUCAAAUAGACCUUCAAUCCAUCAAUAUUGGUACUGCGCAGUGGGAUCAACUAAAACCAGAGAAGGAACGGAGCACAGGCGGAGUAUUGCCAGAAAGUGAAAGGAACUCUCAAAAUCCAGCCCUUGAGUGGAAUAUGGCCAGCAGCAUACGUCGGCAUCAAGAAAGGAGAGCAAUUCUUACUCCCAUUUUGACAGACUUCUCUGUCCGGAUAACUGCCGCACCUGCCAUUAUUUUUACCAAAAUAAUUUCUCCUGAAAAUUUGCAUACUGAGGAAAUUUUGGUGUGUGGCCAUUCCUUGGAAGUGAAUAUAACCACAAACCUGGAUUUCUUCCUGAGUGUGGCUCAGGCUCAACUCUUACAUCAGCUAAUAGUAGCAAAUAUGACAGGGCUGGAGCCAUCGGACAAGGGCACAGAGAUCUCUAAACAAGAACAGAAAAAAAUGGAUCCAUUCGAUGGAGGCAUGGCUGAUACCUCGUCUCGGUACAGUGGUGCCCAGGACAGUGGAAUUGGCAGUGACAGCGUUAAAAUCAGGAUAGUACAAAUAGAGCAACACAGUGGGGCCAGUCAGCACCGCCUCGCCCGUCCCUCACGCCAGUCGUCAAUUGUCAAAAAUCUAAAUUUUAUUCCCUUUGACAUAUUUAUCACUGCAAGUCGCAUCUCACUGAUGACCUAUUCCUGUGUGGCAUUGCCCAAAUCCAAAUCACCAGAACAAAAGGAGGAUGAGAAAAUAGGCAAGGGCUCAUUAGAUCUGCCAGCAGUUGAAUCUGAGGUUGGCAAGCCCAGCCAGGCGUGUAUCUCCAUGGUGACAGCAGAAGAUCUCUUGAGCAGCAGCAUUCCUUUUCCAUCAGGGAAAAAAGUAGGUGUCCUCUCUCUCGAAAGUCUCCAUGCAUCCACAAGAUCAUCUGCUAGACAAGCACUUGGCAUAACCAUUGUCCGGCAGCCUGGGCGAAGAGGAACUGGUGACUUACAGCUGGAGCCUUUCCUGUACUUUAUCGUGUCCCAGCCUUCCUUGCUUCUGAGUUGUCACCACAGAAAGCAGCGGGUGGAAAUUUCCAUUUUUGAUGCUGUCCUGAAAGGGGUAGCCUCUGAUUACAAAUGUACAGAUCCUGGGAAGACUCUGCCUGAAGCCCUUGAUUACACUACUGUAUGGCUGCAGACAGUUCCUGGAGAAAUAGACAGCAAAAGUGGUAUCCCACCUUCCCUCCUAACGCUGCACAUCAAGGACUUCCUUAAUGGACCAGCAGACAUCAACUUGGAUCUAUCCAAGCCUUUGAAAGCAAACCUGAGUUUUACCAAACUGGAUCAAAUGAACCGCUUUUUAAAGAAGAUAAAAAGUGCACAUGGCUUUGCACCUAGCGAAGAGACAUCAGACACCACAUUGAAUAAGGAAGAGCUUCCAGUCUCCAAAUGUUACCGUGGAAAGUUGUCCAAGCCUAAAGUUCAUGGUGAUGGAGUGCAGAAGGUUUCCAUUCUGGAAAACAUAUGGAGAGCUAUUUCCUGCUUUCAAAAAAUUUCUACCCACACUACUCAAAUUGUGGUCUCCAUGGAAACUGUUCCUCAUCCUAGUAAGCCAUGUCUAUUAGCAUCGUUAUCAAGCCUCAGCGGAAGCUUUCAAGUCAAAACAGCACAAAAAGUCCCAGGAAUCAUCCUUGGGUCUUCAUUUCAACUCAAUAUAAAUGAUUUUCUUCUUAAAACAAGUCUCAAAGAAAGAAGUCGGAUUCUGGUAGGACCAUGCUGUGCCACUGCCAGUCUGGAAGCUAGAUGGUGUAAACACAGCGGCAACCCAGGCCCAGAACAAUCCCUACCAAAAAUAUCCAUCGAUUUAGACGGCGGUCUGCUACAGGUCUUUUGGGGCCAAGAACAUUUGAAUUGUAUAGUACUUCUUAAUGAAUUACUCAAUGGAUACCUCAAGAAGGAUGGAAAUGUUAAAGUACACGUUUCUGAGCCUAUGCCUCAAAUGUCUUCUCCUGUGGAAAAAAGUCAGACCUUCAGAAGUGAACAAAGUUCAGAUGACCUGCGCACGGGUCUGUUUCAGUAUAUCCAAGAUGCUGAACCUUUAAAACUACCUGGUGUCUAUGAAGUCUUGUUCUGUAAUGAAACUGAGGACAGCCCAGGGAUGAUGCUGUGGAGAUACCCAGAGCCUCGAGUGCUCACUCUGGUGCGGAUAACUCCUGUGCCUUUCAACACCACAGAGGAUCCAGACAUCAGCACAGCAGACCUUGGUGAUGUGCUUCAGGUUCCUUGUACUUUGGAGUACUGGGAUGAACUCCAGAAGACUUUUGUUACAUUUAGAGAAUUUAGCCUAUCUGAAAGCAAAGUUUGUGAACUGCAACUACCGGAUAUCAAUCUGGUGAAAGACCAGAAGAAACUGGUAUCUUCAGAUCUUUGGAGAAUUGUCUUGAACAACAAUCAAAAUGGAGCUGAUGACCAAAGCUCUGCAAGUGAAUCUGGCUCUCAGAGUACUUGUGAUCAACUUGUAACCCCAACAGCCCUGGCUGCCUGUACCAGAGUCGACUCCUGUUUCACCCCGUGGUUCGUCCCAUCUCUCUGCAUUUCCUUACAGUUCGCUUACCUGGAAUUCCAUCUUUGUCAUCACCUUGAUCAGCUGGGCACAGCUCCACCACAGUACCUACAACCAUUUAUUUCAGAUAAAAAUGUGCCAUCUGAGCUAGAGUACAUGCUUGUGGCCUUCAGAGAGCCACACGUGUACCUUCGACAGUGGAAUGAUGAUUCGGUCAGCCAGGAGAUCCGCUUCUCAGCUCAAGCCGACUGUAGACUGCUAGAAUGCAGAAAUGUUACCAUGCAGAACGUGGUGAAGCCCUUCGGCCUCUGUGGACAGAUUGCUGUCUCCAGUGACGCGCUAGAAAGGCUGCUGGACUGCACUGUGACAGUGGACCGUGUGUGUGUAGACGUCGGACAGCACGCAGUGCACUCUCUGCACACCGCAGUACAGGCUUGGCAACAGAACAAAUGCCCUGAAGCAGAGGAGUUGGUCUUCAGCCAUUUUGUGAUCUGUAAUGACACACAGGAGACACUGCGGUUUGGUCAGGUGGAUACUGAUGAAAACAUUCUGCUGACGAGUCUCCACCGUCACCAGUACAGCUGGCGCUCUCACAAAUCCCCACAGCUGCUGCACAUCUGUAUUGAAGGCUGGGGCAACUGGCGAUGGUCAGAGCCCUUCAGCGUGGACCAUGCCGGAACUUUCAUUCGAACCAUUCAAUACAAGGGUCGAACUGCAUCACUCAUCAUCAAGGUUGAGCAGCUCGCUGGAGUGCAAAAGCAGAUUAUCAUCUGUGGGAGACAGAUCAUUUGCAGUUACUUGUCUCAAAGCAUAGAACUAAAAGUUGUUCAGCAUUACAUUGGUCAAGAUGGACAAGCUGUGGUUCGAGAACAUUUUGACUGUCUCACAGCCAAGCAGAAAUUGCCUUCGUACAUACUAGAAAACAGUGAGCUGACAGAGUUGUGCGUGAAGGCCAAAGGAGAUGAAGACUGGUCAAGAGAUGUGUGUCUGGAAUCCAAAGCCCCUGAAUACAGCAGUGUCAUUCAGGUGCCAUCUUCAAACAGUUCCAUUAUUUAUGUCUGGUGCACAGUUUUGACUUUGGAACCCAACUCUCAAGUGCAGCAGCGAAUGAUUGUGUUCAGUCCUCUUUUUAUCAUGAGGAGUCAUCUUCCAGACCCCAUUAUCAUACAUUUGGAGAAAAGGAGUUUGGGAUUGAGUGAAACGCAAGUUAUUCCAGGAAAAGGCCAGGAAAAAACACUGCAAAACAUAGAACCUGACCUUGUGCAUCACCUAACAUUUCAAGCAAGAGAAGAAUAUGAUCCUUCAGAUUGUGCAGUUCCCAUCUCCACAUCCCUCAUUAAGCAGAUAGCCACUAAGGUACAGCCUGGAGGCACAGUGAAUCAGAUUCUUGAUGAGUUUUAUGGAAGAGAAAAGUCCAUUCAACCCACAUGGCCUUAUAAUAAGAAGGAUUCUGACAGGAAUGAGCAGCUGAGCCAGUGGGAUAGCCCGAUGCGGGUGAAGCUGUCAGUCUGGAAGCCAUAUGUUAGAACCUUGCUGAUAGAACUUCUUCCUUGGGCCCUGCUGAUCAAUCAGUCCAAGUGGGACCUCUGGCUGUUUGAAGGAGAGAAGAUUGUUCUACAGGUUCCUGCAGGCAAAGUUAUUAUUCCUCCUAAUUUUCAGGAAGCCUUUCAAAUUGGAAUAUACUGGGCAAAUACAAACACUGUGCACAAGUCAGUAGCGAUUAAACUGGUCCAUAACUUGACAUCUCCAAAGUGGAAAGACGGAGGUAAUAGUGAAGUCGUGGCCCUGGAUGAAGAAGCAUUUGUUGAUGCCGAAAUACGGCUCGGUGCUUUCCCAGGGCAUCAGAAGUUGUGUCAGUUCUGCAUCUCCUCCAUGGUCCAGCAAGGUAUCCAGAUCAUUCAGAUUGAAGACAAGACCAUGAUCAUCAACAACACGCCAUACCACAUCUUCUAUAAGCCUCAGUUAGUCGUCUCCACUCCAUGUCCUGGAAAGGAAAAUCUCCGUGUUCCAGACAGUGCGACUUUUAGCAUUUGUCCAGGUGGAGAGCAGCCUGCGCUGAAAGCCAGUUCCCUCCCUUGCUGGGACUUAACACCUGACAUUGGCCAGUCAGAGGUGGAGACAUCACUGCUUCAGAAGCAGAUCCUGCUGGGCUUCUCUGCAGCCACAGGUGCCGACGGCUCACAGUGCUGGAGCCUGCCAGCUAUAGUGAGACAGGAGUUUCCCAGGCAGAGUGUGGCAGUGCCCAUCGGGGAUUUUAGGGAAGACGGAUUCUGUACCAGGGCUCUAGCACUGACAUAUCAAGAACACCUUGGGGUGACUUAUUUAACCCUCUCGGAAGACCCCAGUCCUCGAGUGAUUGUCCAUAAUAGAUGUCCAGUAACGGUGCUUCUAAAGGAGAAUAUUAAAGAUAUUCCGAGGUUUGAAUUUUACUGCAAAAAAAUCCCUUCUGAGAGCUCCAUUCAUCAUGAGCUGUAUCAUCAGAUCACCAGUUACCCAGACUGCAAGACCAAGGACCUACUUCCUAGCCUGCUUUUGAGAGUCGAACUGACAGACAGAGUAGUAGCCGAGUGGAGUGAUGCCAUCGACAUCAACAGUCAGGGAACACAGGUAGUGUUCUUAACUGGCUUUGGCUAUGUGUAUGUGGACGUCGUGCAUCAGGGUGGCACCAUCUUUAUCACUGUGGCCCCGGAAGGGAAAGCAGGACCUGUUGUCACCUCUACCAACAGGGCCUCAGAGAAGACGGUCAUGUUUAGGAUGUUCGUCACGCAGCUUAGCCUGGCCAUGUUUGAUGACCUUACCCAGCACAGAGCCUCCUCUGAACUCCUGAGGCUCACGCUGGACAAUGUCUUGGUGCACUUGGCCCCCGGGGCCAGCACCCUCCCUGGGGAGGAGCCCACUGCCUCCUUCUUUCAGCUACACUGCCUUGAGGUCUACUGUGGGGACCUGCAGUUGGACAACCAGCUCUACAACAAGUCCAACUUCCACUUUGCAGUCUUGGUCUGCCAGGGCGAGAAACCAGAGGCAACCCGGUUUCCCCAAAUGCAGGAUCUCCUUGUGUCCAACAUGGAUUUGAGAGAGUACAAGGAAAACUGCUUUGUCAAGCUUUGUGUCACCUUAACCAAGGGCCAGAACUCCUUCCUCGACAUUAACGAGUUCACUUUUGAAUUGAAACCUGCCCGGUUAUACGUGGAAGACACGUUCGUGUACUACAUCAAAACUCUGUUCGAAUCGUACCUGCCCAGCAGCAAGCUGGCAGGGCCCUCCAUGCAGCCCUGCAAGGCCCAGCAGGUGCUGCCCGAGCAGGUGACUCAGCACGCCAGGGCCCUGGGGAAUCCUGUGCGGCUCCGCAAGCUGGUGAUCCAGCCGAUGCACCUGCUCGUCAGCAUCCACGCCUCCCUCAAGCUGUACAUUGCCUCCGACCACACGCCCCUCUCCUUCUCUGUGUUUGAGCGUGGGCCCGUCUUCACUACUGCGCGGCAGCUUGUGCACGCACUGGCCAUGCACUACGCGGCGGGGGCCCUCUUCCGAGCAGGCUGGGUGGUGGGGUCCCUGGAGAUCCUGGGCAGCCCUGCCAGCCUCGUACGCAGCAUCGGCAAUGGCGUCGCUGACUUCUUCCGGCUCCCCUACGAGGGGCUCACCCGGGGCCCCGGCGCCUUCGUGAGCGGAGUAUCCAGAGGAACCACGUCAUUUGUGAAGCACAUUUCCAAAGGGACCCUCACGUCCAUCACCAACCUGGCCACCAGUUUGGCCCGCAACAUGGACCGCCUCUCGCUGGACGAGGAACACUACAACCGACAGGAGGAGUGGCGGCGGCAGCUCCCGGAGAGCCUGGGCGAGGGGCUGCGGCAGGGCCUGUCCCGGCUGGGCAUCAGUUUGCUGGGGGCGAUCGCAGGCAUUGUUGACCAGCCGAUGCAGAACUUCCAGAGGACAGCGGAAGCCCACGCCUCGGCAGGCCACAGAGCCAAGGGUGUCAUCUCGGGCAUGGGCAAGGGGAUCAUGGGGGUGUUCACCAAGCCCAUCGGUGGAGCGGCCGAGCUCGUGUCCCGGACUGGCUAUGGUAUCUUACAUGGAGCCGGACUUUCUCAGCUUCCCAAGCAGCGCUGUCAGCCACACGACCUACAGGCCGACCAGGCCCCCAACGGUCACGUCAAAUAUGUCUGGAAGAUGCUUCAGUCUCUGGGCAGACCGGAGGUCCACAUGGCCCUGGACGUGCUUCUGGUGCGGGGCUCUGGCCAGGAGCAUGAGGGCUGCUUGCUGCUGACAUCAGAAGUGCUCUUUGUGGUGAGCGCCAGCGAGGACACACAGCAGCAGGCCUUCCCCGUUACCGAGAUCAGCUGCGCACAGGACAGCCAGCAGUCCCACCUGCUCACCGUGCAGCUCAAACAGCCCAGAGUGGCCUGCGAUAUAGAGGUGGAUGGAGCGCGAGAGAGACUGUCAGAACAACAGUACAACAGGCUUGUGGACUACGUCACCGCAACGGCCUGUCACCUGGCCCCCAGCUGCUCCUCCACCCAAACACCUUGCCCUGUGGUGGCUGUGGAACCCCCUCCCUCCACGGUGAAGACAUACCACUACUUGGUGGAUCCACAUUUUGCUCAGGUCUUCAUAAGUAAAUUUUCCAUGGUGAAAAAUAAAGCCCUGAGGAAAGGGUUCCCGUGAGACCGAGGCCUGGCUUCCUGCUUGUGUACUGCAGCCAGUGUGCGCACCAAGCUUGGACAGUGGGGAAGAAGUGGAGUAACAAAAACUGCUUCUCUUCCAAAAUGGGAAUAAUGUACAGAAUCCUGUUACAUUCCAACUACACACUGAAAUGCAUUCCUUUUUGUUCUAUAAUGCCAUGUGUAAAACUUUCCACUAUAACUUGGAUCCAACCACUCUAUAAAGUAAAAUGUCGUCAGAAGUUAGAAAGGAAAUAUCAGUUAAUUUCAUUCCAGAUUACAUCUGGGUGGGGACAGAGACAUAGCCUCUGCCUGACAACCCUCAGUGCUGGAGAGGUUUAGAUUCUUUAACACUGUUAACUCUUAGAUGUAAUGGUAACUCUUAGCUACAUAUAUUUUGGCUUUAGAGUCUGCUAAUUACUGAGAUUUUCAAGUCUGAUAACACUCCUGAUGCAUUUUGGAAGAAAAGUUUUUCCAGUUUUACUAGGCAAGCUCAGAGUGAACCUAUCAAGCUUCCGAGGAUCCCCCUGAUGCACUGCAGGGGGAAUCAAGAACUUCAGCAUGAGUGCCAACAAAGACCAGUCCACAGGUCAUUCUGCUGGACAGACUUGGUAAGGCACCAAAUAUUCCCAGUAUCUAAGGAUGGACCUGGCUCAAAUGCCCAGGUCACCAGAAAUCUUAAAAUCAAAGCAUGCUCUAUUACAUCCACACGUGGGGCUAUAACUUGGUGAAAUGCCAAGAAAAUGUCCACUGAUCUUUAGCUUAACCGUCACAUGUUGUUGGGCCUAAGAUGUCAUUAUGUAACUUACUGAAACAGAAUGUUGAAGAGAUCACUGAGGUUAAGUAAACAUGACACUGACUCACAUAGGGACGUAACAGCUUAUCAAUUUCCAGACUAUUUUUAAGAAUGUAAAUAUGUAUUUUUAUCUUUUAUGGUAAUUUUGCAUACUGCUUCUAAGAACUGUUAAUAUGAAGAAUGUUUAAAUAAAAAGCAUCCUUGAGUUAUCAGGGGUUUUAAAAAAUGCAAUCUCAUUGAUACCUCAAUUUAAUACAGGUUACAUAAGAGACAACUUAAUACUUAAGCUGGGAGCAGAGCAAGACAGCAGCUGAAUGAGACACUAGCAGGAGUUCCUCAUGCACUGACAAGAGCUAUCGCAGCCUGCAGAGACCACAGUGCCUGAUGUCGGCACAGCAGGACACGUGCAAGGGGGAGGAACAAGCUGCCUAACCUCUCCCAGCUCCAAGGGCACAGCAGAGAAACACCUCACCUGAGGGAGGGAGAACAGAUUAAAUCCAGACUCGCGACUUGAAACCUCAUACCAGUCCUGCUCAGUGAAACCUGGAGCCAGACAGACCCCCCCAUGACCUCUCUCCCCUUUCUAGCCAGGUCUGCCAUGUAUACCAACCUCCAGGCGACAGUGGGCCAGGACUCCACUGCUAGGAAGGAAAUGAGAAGGGCAGCUCAGUACCAGGCCUUCCAGGUGAAGGCCAGCGACUGGCAAAGCCCACAGGCCUCCACCCCAACCAGUGCUGAGAUGCAGCCUAUAGACUCAGCCCAGCAUCAGGCGGAGACAUGUGCCAUAGCGGGGUAAACCAAAACUGAGCCAAAAAAGAAAAGGAUUUUCAAAAUAAAAGGCAUUCCUGAGUCAUUACUUGUCAAUGACAAACAAAUGUAAAUGGAUUAAAUCUCCCAAUGCUAUCCAGACUGACUUCAGGAAAAAGACAAUCAAAUUCCAUGCAAAUGAAAACCAAACAAGGAACAGUAGCUAAGACAAACUUCAAGGCAAAACUAUUAAGACAGGAUCACUAAAUAAGGAUCAAUUCAUCAAGAUAUAUAACAGUUAUAAAUAAAUGUAUAUGCACCUAAUGGUGAG